AUGGCUCUUCGUGCAUUCUCUUCCCUCCCCCGUGCCCUGGGCCAGCGUGCUGCCCCUCGUGUGGCUCCAGCCGUCACACGCGCGUCGCAGUUUCACACCUCGCGUUCUCUGUUCGUCCGGCCAGGUGACAAGCUCCCCCAGACGGACCUGGUCGAGAACAGCCCUGGUAACAAGGUCAACCUCGCCGAAGAGUUCACCAAUGUCAAGCGUGGCAUCGUCAUCGGAGUUCCGGCUGCCUUCUCUCCCGCCUGUUCCAAUCAGCACAUCCCCAGUUACAUCAACCACCCCCAGGUCGCUGAGAUCAUUGCCGAGGGAGGCAAGGUUGUCGUUGUCAGUGUCAACGACCCUUUUGUAAUGAAGGCGUGGCAAGACCAGCUUGACCCUACCAAGGACUCCGGCAUCCGCUUCUUGGGAGACCCGACUGGUGAGUUCACGAAGGCAUUGGACCUCGAUUUCGACAGCGUUGCCAUCUUUGGCAACCGCCGAUCCAAGCGCUUCGCUUUGAUCCUCGAGGAAGGCAAGGUCAAGUCGGUUCACGUAGAGCCCGACAACACCGGAACUGCUGAAACUUUGGCGGACAAGGUUCUAGGGUAG